CCUCAGUUUGUUUCGGGCUCUCGUGCUAAACGGUACAACACGCUAUCGAUGCGAUACCAUCGACAAACAGUGUUCGCCACAAAAGCAAAGUUAACAACGAAUCGCAAACGAAUUACAACGGAUUGUUUUGACUUCCAAGUGGAUACAAUGUAAAUGCUAUUUAACGAAUGCUCCAAAUGAGUGCAAUAAGCAGAAAAACAUUCAAAAAAUUUCUGCACUAAAAACUGCAGCAUUAAUAUACAUAUGUGUGUAUGUAUGUAUGUAUAUACACCUAAGCGCAUAUAACCGAAGUGGUGAAAAGGAAAGGUGAAAAAGAGACAUAAAUGUAUUCAAGUAAAUUAUAAAAAUCUAUAAAACAAAGCAAGAAAUCGAAAACCUUUCACUGACACCCAAACCGUAAAUAAAUAAAGCAUACAUAUCUACGUUUUUAAAAAUAGACAAAAUUCAAAGCAACACCAACAAAUGUGCAUAUGCAUACAUAUAAAAUAAUAACAAUUCCAACAAUCAACAAAUACACUCAAAAAACUCUCCGAAUAACAGCGUGCCAACAAUAAUAACACCAACACUCUAACGAUCCAGGUGCAGUGACGACGACAACGGCCGAACUAAAGUACUAUUUCAUUGCCCACAAACAACUCGCGCUACGACGGCAGUGUGCAGUAUUUGUGAACUGUUUUUGUUUUUCUUGCGAUUGCUAUUUAUUUCAUAUUAAAUCGGGUGCUGGUCGUUGGUACGCCUGCGCGUGUGCUAAUAACUAUGCCUGCCUACCUACCCCACUAAGCGCAUGGCCGCAUGUGUGUGAAUCGCGUUUUUGUUUGUGUUUUACGAGUUACAAAGCGCAAUGCGCAAUGUGCAAAGUGUGGAAAUACGCGAGCGAGAAAAGUAAAACCAAGUAAACCCCAAAAAACGAAAAAAAAAAAAUAAUAAUAAAACUACUCUUACCAUCCUUUGGACGGUGAACGCGGUCGUAGUAAAUCGGUAGCCGUUGUAUGUGCCUACGAGUGGUAUCCCAAAUCGAUAUUUGAAUCGCUAAGUGCAGCGAGUGUGCAAAAUGUAGCAAACUUUUCUUUUUAACGCCAACAUUUUAUGUGUACAGUUGAUGAGAAAACGAGUGCAGAGGCGCAGCAGCCUAGUAGACUCAGUGAAUCGCGACGGCCAGUUAGUUGUCACUCUCUAUAUAUCGUACAUUAUAUAGAUAUAUGUAUGUGUAUGUAGAGCUAAUAAAGCGCGAAAAGUGACCGACAAAGUACCCAACUAACCUACAUUCAAAUUUAGAUACAGACUCUCAGCCUCCGAUAUUACAUACUUGAAAGCGCGCAUCGUCGUGCAACGUUUAGAAGAAGACAAACAACAUAUGCACAUACGUAUAUGUAUGUGUGUAUGUAUAUUCGUGCAUCAAAUAAAAUAUAAAGCAAAAGUCUGGAACGCCUGCGGAGUAGACAAGAAUCUGCAAACUAGUUCGCUUGACAGAGGCAAAGGUGCUAAUGUUGACGUUCGCUACUACUGCAAAUGUAUGUUUGUAUGUCUGCAUGUUUGUAUGUAAGUAGUAUAAGGUGUGACGCGUAUGCAGCCAUAGUAAAUUUUUAAAUCAACUGACCAAAAGGCUAUGCGCGUGAGAGCGGCGGUGAGCUGAUAGUGCGGUGGGAAACAAGUUUAGUGCCACUAAAAGUGCAGCUACGACAACGGACCGCAAACAAAAAGUGACCUACAAAUACAGGUUUUCGGUUGGAUAUUGUGUCGAACGACAACCAACAACCAACAACCAGCGAGCAACAACCGACAGCCAGAGCCAGAACAACUGAGCAGCUAACAUAAACAUUAAUUCACACACAUACAGACACACAUUUACAAACAUAUACAUACACAUAUAAAUUUACGAGCAAUAAAGCAUUGCUACUAAAUACUAGCGGCUAGUACGACUAGACUUAGUAAGCUGCUACAACAACAACAGCAACAACUAGACUUAGGCGCAGCAAAGGAGACGACAACUAAGCAAAACCAGCUAUGGCAACGCCAACAGCACUUACGGCCACAAUACCACCAACUACUGCUACACCAACAAAAGUGAUGUCUGCAACGGUGCCGGCAAUGCCGUUGAAAAAAGCUGGACCGCCCGUUCCACCGAGGCCAUCGCAUGCAACCGCACACGCAGCAGCGGGUUUAUUGAAAACACAACGCAACGGCGAAUCAGUUAUGAAUGCUGCGGCAAUACAGAGUCGUAGUGCAACAACAACAACAACAACAACAGCAACAGCAAUCCCAUCACCAACAUCAACUAGUUCUGCUAUGCGUUCGUCUUUGAAUGGCCACGUGAGUGUUGAGCAGCACAACAAUUCACAACAUCCGAUCAUACAGAAGAAGCCAUCAUUGAGCUCAGUUGGAGCCGGAGCUGGCGGUCGUACAGUUAUCUACAAGUCACCCUCAAUGAGUGCACCCAAACGUCCGGAAACCGUAUCGUCCACUGCGGUUACUGCGCCUACUACAAGGUCGGCUACGAAUAUCGGUCUCAAGCCGCCGUUAAAGCUACGCAAAGCCCCCGAUAUACCGACAAUGAAAAACAAAACAACAACCGUCCAAUGUGAUGUGAACACUGUGCUCGAGAAAGAUGGUGGUGUCGUCAUCACCAAAGUGCCUAUUAGUAGUGUGACCGGCAAAAGUCCUCCGCCAGCACUAGCAGCAGCAACAGCAACAAGCAGCUCAGUGAGUGCAAAAGCUGUGUCUAAUGCAAGUGACAAUGUCGUUAUCGUCCAAACCGCGUCAAGCGUCGUCAAUCUCAGUCGUCAUCACUCCAUGGGUAGCGGCUCGCCGAAAUCACAGUCGCAGGCGUGCAAUCUCAAGGAUACGCGCUUGAGCUUGGGUCGCGCGGAUUUCGAGCGUGUCGGCAAGAUACAGCUCGAUCAAUUACCCACUUCUGUGCAGCCAUUGCCACGUCCACGUAAAAUUGUUAAGGUGCCUGUUGCCACAAUGGACUUGGAUGAUCCGUCCUCCGCAAAUGGUGCACAAUCGAACUCGUCGGGUGGCGGCAUUUUCCGUCGUUCGAAAACUACACUCGACAAUUUCACAUCACGUGCCAAUAUCACUACGAUCAAUACGGCAGGCGUGGCCAACACGUUCCUUGGCGGUCGAACAGCAGAGUUGAAGAAUAAUUUGAAGAAUGCGGCCGAACGUUUGUUCUCGGAAAUUAUAGUAAGUCAGCAGCGUCAUGGCCACGAUUCGCCUAUAAUCACGAAACAUGAGCCUGCUCUGCAACAUCAGGCGCUGUUGGCACAGGAGUUGGUUGCGCAGCACCCCAAUGCGGGCGGCGCUUCGGUAACUGUCGUCACAACCGGUGAGACGGCUAACAAUUGCACGCGCAUAAAUAUUAAUACGAAUGAUAGCGGUCAGGCUUCGACGGUGGGUCAAGUAAAAAAUUUACUCCAAUCAACGAGUGAGAAAAAGACAGCUUUCCAUGAGAUACUCAUAUCCGAAUUGGCAGCAAUGCGUGGCAGAAGUAGUUCCAUGGAGAACCUGACUAGUGCAGAGACACCUAAAUCGAUUAAAAAAGCGCAGACGCCACUAAGUAGUCCAGUAUCCGAGCCGAUUACUAAGAUCACAACAGCAACGAACAUCAAUAACACGACAACAACAACGUCAGUAGCAACAACGAAAGUAUCAUCAAAUAAUAUAACAAAUAACUCGUCGAACAGUGGCCUCAUCAAAACCUACAAUAAUAAUGCACGUCAACGUCGCAAUUCAAUAGAGGAUCAAGAUCCCGACACGGAAGAUGUCGAUGCCGAUAAUGUAGAGGACACAGAAGAUGGCGAUGAAGAUGAAUUGCAGAAGAAUAUUCGCAACAAUACAUUGAAUGGUGUCGGCACACCUAGGAAGCGUUGUCCUUCUGGCUGCUCGUCGGACUCCUCGCCAUACGGCACUGAACGCUCGGCACGCAUACGCACUUCCGAUUGGAUUGAGGUGGGCGAUAAUGGCAAAGAAGUGACCAUGACUAGUUGUCACAUUAGUUUGGAGGAUUCGGGUUUGGAAGAUGAGGAACGUUUGGAUGAAAUGUCAUCGCUGGGCGUGGGCGAUUCCUGGGACAGCGUAAAGGAGGCAGAAAAUAUGAAACGGUGCCGCAGUGUGAAGAGAAUUUUGUCAAUCACCGAUCUGCCACCUUUGCCAAAAAGUCUCAGUGGUAUUAACAAAAUGCUUGGCUCCGAUUCUGGUUUGAUCAGCGAUGAUGCUGAUGCCAAUAUGGAACACCAAACCAACAAUAAUAUAGAUGAUAUGGUAGAAUACCAAAAAGGAGAUACUAAUAAUAAUAACAGCAAUAAUAGCAACAUCACUGCCAACAACAACAAUAAUAAUAAUAUUGGCAAAAGUGGUUUUGACGUAGCGAAAUUGUUAGAAAGCAAUGAAAUGGAAUUGAGCAACGCAACCGGCAAGUCAAAGACAUCGAAUGCCACAACAACAACAACAGCAACACCAUAUUCAACCGAAACAACCGCAACAUCAUCGACGACAACAACAACAACAACAGCGGCAUCGAAGAUGGCAACAACGGCAGCAACGCCCGCGAAAUCAGCCGUCACAUCGAAUGCCGCUGGCGCUGGCGGUGCGGUGGCGAGCGUGACAGGAAGCACACUGGAUACGCAAUUAGCCAUUUUAAGAAAAGAAAUGUAUGGCCUACGCCAGUUGGACCUCUCAUUACUCUCUCAGCUGUGGGCUUUGAACGACUCGAUACAAGAAUUUCGUACAAUGCUGGAGUCACAGGAACUCGAGCCAGACUCCUAUUCACCACACUCACCGACGCCUUCCUCCUAUGAUUCGGUCUCAAGCGAUGCUGAGGACGACACCACCACAAACAACAAAAAGAGCAAAUCAAUUGAUAUCAACAAACCAAAAAUUAUUACAACACAACCAAAAUUAACUCAACGCUCGAAUUCAUCAGCGGAACGAACAAAUAGUGGUAGUGGUAAUGGCGCACCACCACAACGACCAUCACCGCCCAAACCGCUCGAUAUGCGACCAGUGCCGCGUAUGCGUAGCGCACCACCACCACCGCCCGUUAGUCGCAAAUCGGCAGCACCGCCGCGCCCCACAUGAUGCUACCUAACGGACUUCCUCGCCAGCGUCAAGAUGGUCAUGUGCAAAGCAAUUGUAAGCAACAACAGUAACAACUGCAGUGAUGCGAUAACAGGACUGAAGCAUUGAGAGAAAUUGCGCGCGAGCGACAGAGAGAGAGAGAGAGGAAGUUAAGCAGAUGGAGAAACUGAAGGGGAAAUGUUUGCAGUUGCUGGUGUGGGCGAGGAAUUUCGUCUGAAUUUAAUAAAAAUAUGGAAUUAGAAUAGUGCGCGAAAGCGGGAGUAAUGAUCAUCUGAAAAGAAAGAACAAAGGAAAACAAAAAAACAAAAAUACUGCAAAGAAAGUCUAAAACAUCUCUGCUUUGUCAAAUAAUUAAAUUUAAGUUUGAAAUUAAAGAAAUUAGGCGGUGAUUAUAGGCAUUGAAGCAUUUUGUGUGUGAAAAUUAGGUGAUUAAAAAAUCAAACAACAAUAAAAGCAGGAAAUGCAAAAAAAAAAGCAAUAUGAAACCGCAUGUAUGGUAAUAAAUUUAAUUAGUGAUAUGUACGAGUAGUUGUAAUUUGCUGCAAUGGGUCUCUCGAUGGUUAGCAGUAGCUAGGCUGUCCAUCACUUAGGCUUACGUAUGUGCAUAUGUAUGUAUAAAAUGUAUGUAUGCGCGUGUGUGUGUGGUGCAUAAACCGCAUGCAUAUAAAAUAAAUAAAUAAAAGCAUCCAUACAUACACACAUACAUACAUAUAUACAUACAUAUAAACUUACAUACUUACAUACAUUAAUGAUUCGGCUGUUUUUUCGCUUACGAAACUCUAAAAAUCUCAUAAGCUAUACACUUUUGUAAUAAACAUAUAAAUAUACAUACACAUACACAUACAUAUAUACAUACUUCUAUGGCUCGACAUCUCUGAUGGAGCAUUUCUUUUAUUUGAUUUGAUGUUCUUCUAUUAUAUUUUGAAACGGCGAAGUUGUAAGCUAAAUUUAAAUAAAAAUUGUACUUUAUUAUAUUUCUAACUGUAUAUACACGCAUAUACAAAUAAUAUAGUAAGCAAAUAAUAUAAAAUAAUAAAUUGCAAAGGGAAAAUAAAUAUAAUUUCACACAUACAUACAUGCGUACGUAUGUAUGUACACCUUUGAAGGAUGCUUGAGUUAUGCGUACUAAUGCUGAUUGCUAAUAAUGAUUAUGAUUAAAUGCUACUUGUAAAUAUGGAAAAUUUUAAAUAUAUAAAUAAAUCAGAAUAAAAUUAUAAA